AUAUCCUUAAAAAUGGAGUCCACACUUUAACAAUUUACAGUGUAGAAAAUUUGGCCGUGAAUAUAGAGGGGAAAUCUAAGACAAGCAUUCAACUCAACUCUCAUCUUCUUAGUCAUGAGUCCUUAGUCAUCCCAUCCCAUCCCAUCCCAUCCCUCCAUUAAAAUCUGCGUAUCUCCUUCUUUCUCUCCCCUUUAUUUUCUCUCUCUUCCUCUUUCCAUGGAAAUCAAAUCAUCAGAUCCAUCAACAUCUUCUCCUAAUCCCGACAUUAAUACCAUUCCUUCCAAACCUCCCAACAAUGGAACCUCCAAUUCUACCCUCUUUGGAUUCUCUAACCAUAACCCUAACCCUCCUUUACGAGCGCCCCAUCAUCGGCGCGCCCAUUCCGAACUCACUUUCCGGAUACCCCAUGAUAUGGAUCUUUCCUCGGAUCCUUUCACUACUUCCUCUAAUGAAGAGAUUGGAUCCGAGGAUGACAUCUUUACUACCUACAUUGAUGUUGAUAAAUUUGGUGCUUCUGGAUCUGGACCUCACAUCGGUUUAGGAUUAUCUGUUGAUGGUGAUCACAGGGUACCAACAAAUGAUAACAAUAUUAAUAUCAAUUCUUCCGAAAAUAAUAACAAUGACGAUAACCAUGCUGGGAGACCUCGGCACCGGCAUAGUAAUUCUGUCGACGCAACGACGUCGUCUGGUGGUGGUAGUGGUAAUGUUUUUGGAGAGAUUAUGGAAGCUAAGAAAGCUAUGCCGCCUGAUAAACUUGCUGAACUUUGGACUAUUGACCCUAAGCGUGCUAAAAGGAUUUUAGCCAACCGUCAGUCUGCUGCACGCUCAAAAGAGAGAAAAGCUCGAUAUAUACUGGAGUUGGAGCGAAAAGUCCAGACUCUUCAAACAGAGGCGACCACUCUUUCUGCACAGCUUACACUGUAUCAGAGGGACACAACUGGUCUGACUACUGAAAACACAGAACUCAAGCUUCGGUUACAAGCCAUGGAACAACAAGCUCAGUUGCGAGAUGCGCUCAAUGAAGCUUUAAAGCAGGAAGUGGAACGGCUUAGAGUUGCCACAGGUGAAGUUGUUGGCCCUUCUGAGUCUUUUAACUUAGGAAUGCACGGUAUGCAAUACAAUCACUCCGCCUUUUACUCGCUACCUCAGCAACAUGCUCCUCAAGCUCAACAGAGUAUGCAGUUGCCAUUGUAUCAUCAGUCUCAGGGAAACAUGCAUCAUAUGCAUUCAUCUAAUUCCCAAAAUCUCUCGGAGUUUAUGCCUAAUGACCAUCUGGGAAGAUUGCAGGGGCUCGACAUUGGUAGCAGAGGGCCACACGUCGUGAAAUCUGAAGGUGCUUCAAUGUGUGCCAGCGAAAGUAGCUCAACAUUUUGACGCCAGCUCCAAGUGUCUGACUAGCUGACUCCUUCAGAAAGUGUGUUUGGUAGAUUGUUUAUAGACUGACAUGAUUCAAUUAGAUUAAGGUACUAUUUAUUUGUUCCAUUUUUUAUUCGAUUUGUAUCCUUUUCUUGAGAUCACGCCUAAUUAAUUUGGUCUCAAAGAUGAUCCCAAAGAGGGGAUUGCUGUAGGUUAUCGAGUUGUUUCAUCUUCUCCAUUCUUUGUUCUGCUUUGAAAUGUUGUAGCAUGUUCGACUGAAAGGUCAAUCGACAUGCUAGGAAAGGUUUUUUGUACCCAAAAACUGUAUUAUUCUCUUUAAUCCACUCAUUGUUGUAGCUUUC